CCAGGGUUCCAGGCUGAUGGAGACUUCAUCAUUGGAGGGAUCUUCCCCCUGCAUUACAACAUGGAGAUGCCAGACCGGAACUACACUUACAAACCUGGCGCUGUACAGUGUAAUGGAUUUGAUCCCAGAUCUUUCCGCUGGGCUCAGACCAUGAGGCUGGCUGUUGAGGAGGUCAACCAGAGUCAGAACCUGCUGCCGAACCUCACUCUGGGAUACAAGAUCUAUGACUCCUGCGCAUACCCCUUGACAGGGCAGCGGGCUGCUCUGGCGGUUUUGAAUGGACCAGGUGAAGCCUACAGCGCUAUGUGUGCCGGUGCUUCCCCUCUUUUAGCCAUAGUUGGGGAAUCUGGGUCUGCACAAUCCAUUGUCGUCUCCAGAACUCUCCAGCCCUUCAGAAUUCCAAUGAUCAGCUAUUUUUCAUCCUGUGCCUGUUUCAGCAACAGGAGAGACUAUCCAACAUUCUUCCGAGUAAUUCCUAAUGAUGACUACCAAGUGAAAGCCAUUGCUCAACUUUUGCAGCACUUUGGCUGGACAUGGAUUGGAGUAAUCAAUGGGGACCAUGAAUAUGGAAGAUUUGCUUUACAGGGUCUCCUGAGGGAGAUCAAAAACACUAGUGUGUGCUUAGCCUACCACCAAAUGAUCCCUUUGCUCUAUAACCGCAAGAGAGCGCUUGAAAUUAUUGAUGUAAUGAGGCACUCAACAGCAAGGGUGGUUGUUGUCUUUUCUGCUGAGGGAGAAAUGACCCCCUUUUUGAAAGACUACAUGGAACAGAAUGUCACUGGGAUCCAAUGGAUUGCCAGUGAAGCCUGGGUAACAGCUUCUGUGUUCACAGGCAGUGAGUACUACCCAAUUUUGGGUGGCACCAUUGGGUUUGGCAUCCGUCAAGGGAAGAUUCCUGGACUUAGAAACUACCUGACGAGUGUGGACCCAUUGAGGUACCCAAAUAACCCACUGGUGCAUGAGCUGUGGGGUGCUUUGUACGGUUGCUCUCUCUACCCCUCCAACAGCACAGCCCAGGCAUCCUCCCAGCUACCUCCCUGCUCAGGGCAAGAGCCCCUGCAAGAGAAGCACUCUGCCUACAUGAACACCUCCAGCCCUCGCAUAUCCUACAAUGUGUACAAAGCUGUGUAUGCCAUUGCUCACGCCCUGCACAACCUGGUCAGCUGUGAGCCUGGGGAAGGACCCUUCCAAAACUCCACAUGUGCUGAUACUACAAGCAUUUAUCCAUGGCAGCUUCAGCACUAUCUUCAGGAAGUCUCCUUCACUAUUUCUGGAGAAGAGGUGAACUUUGAUGCACAAGGGGAUUCUAUUCCAUCUUAUGAUCUGAUCAACUGGCAAAGAGGUGCAGGUGGAAAUAUUGAGUUUGUCAAUGUGGGAAUGUUUGAUGGUGCAAAGGAGGCUGGGAAGGAGCUCUUCAUCCAGGAGGAUGCGAUCGUGUGGGCGGGCCAUCAGAGUGAGGUGCUGGUGUCUGUGUGUAGUGACAGCUGUGCUCCAGGAAGCAGGAAGGCAGUCCGUCGUGGGGAGCCUCUGUGCUGCUUUGAUUGUGUGCCAUGUGACAGCGGGAAGAUUAGUAAUAAGACAGAUUCAAUAGAUUGCUCACUUUGUCCUGAAGAUUACUGGUCCAAUCAGGCCAGAACAGAAUGCAUACCCAAAGCAGUUGAAUACCUCACCCAUGAUGCAAUGGGGCUGACCUUGACUGUUAUAGCUGUGGUAGGAGCCUGCCUCACUAUUGCUGUUCUGGCAGUGUUCCUCUACCACAGAAACACUCCAAUUGUCAGAGUCAAUAACUCAGAGCUGAGCUUCUUCAUCCUGCUCUCUCUGACCCUGUGCUUCUUGUGUGCACUGGUGUUCAUUGGAGAGCCCACACCAUGGUCCUGCAUGCUGCGCCAUACUGCCUUCAGCAUCACUUUCUCCCUCUGCAUCUCCUGCAUCCUGGGGAAGACUCUGGUGGUUCUGGCUGCCUUCACAGCCACCAGGCCAGGAAACAACAUCAUGAAGUGGCUGGGACCCAAACAGCAGAGGGUCAUCAUCUCUGCCUGCACCUUUGUACAAGUGAUAAUCUGUGCAGUGUGGCUGAUCACUGCCCCUCCAUUCCCCUACAAAAACACACGGUAUCAACGGUCCAGAAUAAUCCUAGAGUGCAGUGUGGGUUCUGACCAGGCUUUCUGGUGUGUUCUGGGGUAUAUUGGGCUUCUGGCUGCUCUAUGUUUUGUCUUGGCCUUUCUUGCCAGGAAGCUCCCAGGCAAUUUUAACGAAGCCAAGUAUAUCACCUUCAGUAUGCUGAUCUUCUGUGCCGUGUGGCUGGCUUUCAUACCAGCUUAUGUCAGCUCACCUGGAAAGUUCACCGUAGCUGUGGAAAUCUUUGCAAUUCUAGCAUCUAGUUUUGGUCUGCUUCUGUGUUUAUUUGCUCCAAAGUGUUAUAUAAUUUUGCUGAAACCACAUAAAAAUACCAAACAACAUCUCAUGGGAAAGGACAGGUAG